AUGGAAAAUGAUAGUGACGGGGGUGUGGAGGAGAGUAGGUCAACUAAUAAGCGUACAACAAAGAGUCGAGAGGAGAAGGAAGAUAAUGGAGCAAGAAAUCAAGAUGAUCUUUCGAGUACGGACGUGGAUGGAGGUGGUGGAGAUAAUCGAUCUCUGAUGCGGAUCUUGUCAACUUUGAGUCGAGAAGUGAAGACAAUGAAACGGAUUCAGCUUCAGAUGGAAGAGAGGCAUGAUAACCAACCUCCGCCACCCAAUGCCAGAGUUUGGACAUUUUCUUUGAGUAUCGCAAACGCUCACAGUAAAAAUUUUUUCGUGGAAAUUGGUCGUGCUGGAUCAAAUGUCUUCGUUAGUCGUGACCAGUGGAAAACGGCCAACUCUCGGGCGAACUACUCGUCGAUGGGAGUCGCUUUGUUCCAAGCUUUGUUUGAGACUUAUGUAAUGCUUCGCAGUAACCUAAGAGGAGGAUCUAGUAAGAUUGAUAAAAAUCAACCCCGUAGAUUUGCGUUGGAUCAAGCAAUCAUCACAACAAUUACUGGGAACAAUUUAGAAGAAUUUAUUUGUCCCCAAAGGAGGAAAACCCAGCUAGGCUGGGAAAAACCUCCUUGA